AUAUAAUAGAACGCUUCUCUAAUUCGUCUAUCUAAUGUUUGUAUACAAACGCACAGUAGAUGUAAAAAAAUUUCGAAGUUCUGUUUCUGAAGUGUUUCUUUUGAAUUGUUCCACUUUCCGAAAAAAGAUGGACACGAAUGUAGAUCUUUUAAAAUUUACCAAGCAGACCGAAACGUUAUUGUGCGGCGUGGGGGCACAGAAUUUAAUAAAGGAGUGCAAAAGGAGGAAUAUAUCAACUUAUGCGUUGCAUAGAUUGACCAAGGAGGAUUUUAUACAACUUGGUGCGGAUCCUGAUCAUGCAGAAAACAUAGCCAACGCUCUAUGUAUUUCUAAGAAAAAACAACACAAUGUAAAACCAAAAUCUCAUUAUAGGAUACUCGAUAAAAUAGAGAUACUACAAGUAGGUGAGAGACAGCUCAGUAUAAUCCAAGACUUUGUAAAGUAUUGCAAAUUAAAGCUGAAAAAAGAAAGAAUCAACUUCUUUGUUGAGGCAGAUAAAGCUUUGAGUGCUUCUCAAAUUUUGUGUAUGUCUGCUGAAGCUACUCUCAAAGAAGUCAGCGAGGCUGAGUUGAAAUUGAAAGAAUUGGAAGCUAUGAUAGUGAUGCCUAGAAACAGCCGAAAAUACUCUUACAUAUUGUAUAGCAUUUCAUUCGGUGGAUUCUGCGUUGCAACAUUCAUAUUAUUAAACAGACUUUGGAGAUAAAAGAUUUAUAGUGUUAAAAUGCAUAGAUUAUAUACUGAUAUAUGUACUGAUAUAAUUCUUUCAUUAUCGUAAGUUCAUAAAUCGUACAAACAAAUUUUUUAUAUACUUUAUAAACAUGUGUCAUAAAUACAUAUUGUUAAUAAGA